AUGCCUGGCCCUAUCCGACAGUGGCCCGCGUGGCCUGAGUACACCUCUGAGACUGACACGUCCUCCAAGGACCCCGAGUUCCUGGAGGUCAAGAAAGCGAUCAUCAGCGAGUAUGGCGCUGGGGCACUUCAACAAAGCUGGAUAAAGGUCUGCAAGGAACUCGAAAACAUCACUGAUGAGAUUAUCGAGAAGGGAAACACUAUCGUCCCAGUCUUCGACACUCAACAAAUUAUCAAAAAUGGCUUCUCACCGGAGCAAGAGGCUGAGAUCAAGAGAAUCGGCUCGUUCGUCUGUCGCAACACCGUUCCCCAGAAAGAAGCGACAAAACUUUACUCUGAUCUCAAGACUUAUGUCGCGGAUAACAAAGGCUCCAUCCAGGCAUGGCCCAAGGAAAGCCCAUCAAUGCUCGUUUUGUACAACUCGCCAGCGCAAAACACGCUUCGCUCUCAUCCAAAUCACCUGAAGCUGCAGCGAAAGCUGAAUGAGCUGUGGAAAUACUCUGCAGAGGAUACCUCACCCGAACCCCUUGUCUAUCUUGAUGGUAUUCGCGAUCGUGCGCCAGGCCAGCCUUUCCUCGGGUUGGGUCCUCAUAUCGAUGCUGGAAGUUUGUGUCGCUGGGCUGACCCAACUUACCGGAAAGUCUACGAUGAGAUCUUUUCCGGUAGACCAGAAGAUCAUGAUGCUUAUGACCUAGAAGCGAGAAAGAACGCCGACCAAGAGCUUUACAAGGGCCUUGCUCACUCUACGGUGUUGCGCACGUUCCAAGGAUGGACUGCGUUGACGCCAACGGCACCAAGAGAGGGGACCAUUAUGGUAUACCCUGAUGUUAAGACUGUAAUUGCAUACCUGCUUCUGCGACCCUUUUUCAGUCCACCGAAGGAUCCUGAUCAGAUAAUGGACGCUGAGCAGUGGACGUUUGAUAACUCCACGGGUUGGUUCCCGGGAACUAUGAAGCCAGAAAGUCAGCGCUUGAGUCGGUCAUCCCAUCCUCAUCUUAGGCUCGAAGAAUGCCUUAUUCAUAUGCCAGAGGUACAACCUGGCGAUACAGUCUGGUGGCAUUGCGAUGUUUGUCAUGCUGUUGAUACUGAGCAUCUUGGAAAGAACAACGCGGCAGUAGCCUUCAUAGCUGCAUGCCCUACAACGUCAGCGAAUGAAGCCUACGUCAAAGGACAGCUUCUUGCUACACUAGAGGGACGGCCUUCUGCUGAUUACGCCGAUGGGAAUGACCUGGAUGAGAGCACACUGAAAGGAUAUGUGGGCCUUGAUGGUCUGAAUGAUGAGGCGCUCGCCAUAGGUAUUCUGGGCCGAGAAAUCGUUCAUCGGCUUGGCCAGAACCCACAAAAAUGGAGCAAAGUCUACUCCCUCUCGCGAUCACAGAAAGAAGAGUUCCCCUCCAAUGUUGAGCAUAGACACAUCGACCUCACUCAGAACGCUGAUGAGGUAGCCAAGAACCUGCAGGGUAUCACGGCUGAAUACGUCUUCUUUGCCGCUUACCUCGAGGAGGCAAACGAACAGAAGAAUUGGGAUGUCAAUGGCGAUAUGCUACAAGCCUUCCUGGAUGCCCUCGUGAAAAGCGGCAUUGACAAGAAACUCAAGAGAUUCUUACUGGUUACGGGCGCGAAGCAGUAUGGUGUCCAUCUCGGACCUGUCAAGAAUCCUAUGCUUGAGUCCGAUCCUUGGCAGACUGACCAGUCAACCUUUCCACCCAACUUCUACUACCGUCAGCAGGAUAUUCUGAAGAACUUUUACGAGCAGUCAAAUGGCCGUAUCAGCUGGAAUGUCACUUACCCCAAUGAUGUCAUUGGCUAUGCGCGAGGAAACUUUAUGAACCUGGCUACGGCAGUCGGCAUUUACGCGGCAACCAGCAAAGAACUUGGUCAGGACCUUAUCUUCCCUGGUUCGGAGAGGUUCUACACUGGAUUCGACUGUUUCACAAGCGCCGACCUCCAUGCAAAGUUUUGUGAAUGGGUCGUGCUCGAAUCUUCGACUGCCAAUGAAGCUUUCAACGUCGUCAAUGGUGAUGUUGAGAGCUGGCAGAACCUAUGGCCUAAAGUCGCAGAACGAUUUGGAACCAAGGUCGAUGCCGCUCAAUUCCAGAAGUCUCACCCGUUGAGCUCAUCUACUGAUCUAAACCUCAUUCCUCCAAUUAGCUUGCACGAGGAGAAGUCGGGACUCAAAGGCAUCACCAAACUAGGCAGGAUGGAGCAGACGAUUGAUUUGACGAAAUGGAGUCAGGAGUCGGAGGUCAAGGAAGCCUGGAAGAAACUCGCUAAGCGAGAGGGCUUGGAUGAAAAGGCAUUGGAAGGGGCUACGUGGGGAUUUCUCGGUUUUGUGCUGGGUAGGAAUUAUGAUCUCGUGAUCAGUAUGAGUAAAGCGCGAAAGCUUGGUUGGACUGGAUAUGAGGAUAGUUGGGAGAGCCUGAGCAAGGUUUUCGAUACCCUCAAAGACGUCAAAGUUCUUCCCUGA